UUUUGAAAAUAAAGCAAUUGAAUUGCCGUUAGAGACCUGUGAGCAUCAAAUCAUCAGUUCAGAAGAUGAAGUGCAAGAUUGUGAUAACCAGCAAGUUAAUUUGGAAAUGAAACAUAAAUUUUAUACACGUUCUGUGGAAGGCAUGGGUGCCAAGAUGCAGUAUAAUCUUUUGAAAGCGAAAUUUUUAGGCGAAUAUAUUGAAAAAAAAGAUUUAUACAAUGCUAUUCAACAGUUCCGAAUUCCAUCACGUGAGAAACUGAAGACUGACAACACAAAAGCUCUACAACAGUUGAUAGCUUUAAAAGCAGAUGAUCCUGAAUGGAUUGUUAUACCUAAUAUAGAGGAGCAGUUAAAAAAUGCAAGUAAUCAAACUGUUCCUAAAAUUAUCUAUACAGAUGCUGAUCUGGCCAUAGCUUUUUUGUAUGAUGUUACUGAAAUAUCUUAUGAUUGGGAUAAUUUUUCACUAGAGCCAGAGGAUAUUUGGAGAAUGGGUGUCUUGAAGAUGACUAUGAAAGGCAUCAAACAG